AUGUUCCUGCUAGGGGCUCUGACCGAAGUCCUGCUGUUUUGGGGCUGGGUGUGCAGGUCAGAAGGCCUUUGCUCCCCCAUCACGUUUUACAAAAACUGCUGGAUCCGACGAUUCCCAGGCCUUUCGGUUGAUCUGGAGCAUUCCCAGAAGCGAGGAGCUCACAUCCUCAACGUUUAUGCUGCAUCCACUGCCAAACAAUGCAGCCGAGCCUGCUGUAUCCUCAAGGAUGUUUCCUGUAACUUGGCUGUUUUCAACUACAAAACCAAUAUUGAUGAUACAAACUGCAUUCACAUGUAUUGCCCAGUGUUGGAAAGCUGCAUAGUAAGACCUACAAGCAGUGUGAUCCUCUACAAUAUUACACCAGGCAUUGAUCCUGACCUUCUUGUUUUUGAGAAGUUCUCAUUCAAGGAUAUAAACACCAGGUCUUCUUUUAGUAAAUGGGAGAGGCAUGGCGGAGGACGGGUUGCUGACCUCGAAACAGACCAGGAUGAACUAUCUUCCCCAAGGUUCCUUUUCCUGGAGGCCUCCUCCCCCACCACAGCCCCAAAGCCAGGCAUGGACAGGAGUACCAGGAGCUCAUCAGUAGAUGUUGCCUUCAAGAACUCCCCCACGACAUCGAUGGCAUCGGCUUCAGCGAUGGGCCAUUUAGCGAAAGCAACUGAGAUUCUUCCAGGGAGGACCACCUCUUCGACCACUUCAGAUAAUGUCAAGGCAUCUCCCGUCUCUGAUCCUGCGUCCAUCCGGACGGCGUCGCUAUCACCCAGUGAGGUCCUUCCCAAUUCCAGCAAACCCUUGAACGAAACCAAAGUCUACAGCGGAAGGAACAAUAGUUCUCCCGAGGAAGGCCAGCAGCCCACAGAGGAGAUGGCAGAACUCAUCUUCCUUUCCACACUGAUUCUCAGCUACAAUCAUUUCCAAUUGAGUUUGGAAGGCCUGAGAUGA